AAAUUCAUUUCACAUCCCUUCCAAAAACCGUCCGAUUCUCUUGGUCAUUAGCCCUUUUUGUGCAGAUCGCAAGCGACGAGAGGUUUUCGAUUCUAUAGAAACCCUACCCUACUUUAUUGACAUUCAUACACUCUUCCUGCUCUCUAAUGGCACUUCUUUCCGGGCGAUCAUCGUCUACCGGUUGCGGAGACUCGAGAGGGUAAUCUGGAUACAUAUUAAUUCUGCCGCCAUGUUCGAAGCUCACGUUCUGCAUUUGCUCCGAAGAUACCUGGGAGAGUACGUCCAUGGGCUCUCAGCAGAGGCUUUGCGAAUCAGUGUUUGGAAAGGUGACGUUGUCCUCAAGGAUUUGAAAUUGAAGGCAGAGGCCCUAAAUUUGCUAAAACUUCCUCUCACUGUCAAAGCGGGUUUUGUUGGCACCAUCACAUUGAAGGUUCCAUGGAAAAGCUUGGGCAAGGAGCCUGUGAUUGUUCUUAUCGAUCAAGUAUUUGUUCUUGCUCAUCCCGCUUCUGAUGGCCAAACUCUCCAGGAGGACAGAACAAAACUUUUUGAAGCCAAGCUUCAGCAGAUUGAGGAGGCAGAAUCUGCAACCCUUGAAGCAAUAUCAAGGUCAAAAUUGGGACAUCCUCCACCUGGGAAUUCAUGGCUGGGUUCUCUCAUUGCUACUAUUAUUGGAAAUCUUAAAAUUUCAAUUAGCAAUGUACAUAUCAGAUAUGAGGAUCCCAUCAGUAAUCCUGGGCAUCCCUUUUGUUCUGGUGUUACCUUGGCUAAGCUUGCAGCGGUAACAAUGGAUGAAGAAGGAAAUGAAACCUUUGAUACUAGUGGUGCUUUGGAUAAACUGCGGAAGUCAUUACAACUUGAGAGGCUUGCUGUAUAUCAUGACUCUGAUAGCCUUCCCUGGAAGAUAGAUAAGAGGUGGGAGGAUCUCACUCCGAGGGAAUGGAUUGAGAUAUUUGAAGAUGGAAUAAAUGAAUCUUCUGAUAGCCAUGAAAUGGCGUCUCAAUGGGCUGUGAAUCGCAACUAUGUGGUAUCGCCGAUCAAUGGAGUCCUUAAAUAUCACCGCCUGGGAAAUCUAGAAAGAAAUGAUCGUCAGGUCCCGUUUGAGAAGGCAUCUCUUUUCCUUCGUGACAUAUCAUUGACAAUCACUGAGGGGCAAUAUUAUGAUUGGAUUAAGCUUUUGGAGGUUGUAUCUAGAUACAAAACAUACCUUGAAGUUUCCCAUCUAAGACCGGUGGUGCCGGUUUCCAAAGAUCCUUCCUUGUGGUGGCGUUAUGCUGCUCAAGCUUGUCUGCAGCAGAAGAAAGUCUGCUAUCGACUCUCAUGGGAACGCAUUCGGCAUCUUUGUCAGCUUCGUCGACGUUACAUUCAUUUGUAUGCUGGUUCACUUCAACAGCCAUCAGAUGAUGAUAACUUGGAGAUCAGAGAUAUUGAGAAACAUCUUGAUUCUAAAGUAAUUCUGUUAUGGAGGUUCCUUGCACAUGCAAAGGUUGAAUCUGUGAAAUCAAAGGAAGCUGCUGAACAGCGGAGGCUCAAAAAGAAAAGCUGGUUUUCUUUUGGCUGGCGCACACAAUCUGAAGAUGCCUCUGAUGGGGAUUCUCCAGAGGGGUUGCAGUUGACUGAAGAAAGACUGACAAAAGAAGAGUGGCAGGCCAUCAAUAAUUUACUUAGCUACCAGCCUGAUGCUGAGCUGACAUCACAUUCGGGAAAAGAUGCUCAGAAUAUGAUCCAGUAUCUGGUUACUGUUUCUAUUGGUCAGGCAUCUGCCAGAAUCAUCAGCAUAAAUCAGACAGAGAUUCUGUGUGGCAGAUUUGAGCAACUUGAUGUGUCAAUCAAGUUCAAAGGUCGCAGUAUUCACUAUGAUGUUUUACUGAGAUUCUAUGGUCUAUCUGCGCCUGAAGGUUCACUAGCUCAGAGUGUAUCUAGCGAGAAAAAGGUGAAUGCUUUGGCUGCUAGUUUUGUCCAGUCACCAGUUGGGGAGAAUAUCGACUGGAGGCUUUCAGCUACCAUUUCUCCCUGUCAUGUCACGGUCCUGAUGGAAAGUUUUGAUCGCUUUUCUGAUUUUGUUAGGAGGAGCAAUGCUGUAAGCCCUACUGUUGCAUUAGAAACUGCAAAUGCUUUGCAGAUGAGAAUUGAGAAAGUGACUCGUAGAGCCCAAGAACAAUUUCAAACUGUAUUAGAGGAACAAAGCAGAUUUGCUCUUGACAUUGAUCUCGAUGCUCCAAAAGUUAAAGUUCCUGUCAGGACACGUGGAUCUCCAAAAUGUGACAGCCAUUUUCUUUUGGAUUUUGGUCAUUUUACACUACAUACUGUGGAAAAUCAGUCUGAUGAACAGGAGAAGAGCCUCUAUUCUCGCUUCUUCAUUUCUGGGAGAGAUAUUGCUGCUUUCUUUACUGAUUGUGGUUCUGACAGCCACAGCGACACAUGGGAUGUGCCAAAUUAUAGCAAUCAUCCAGUUAGAUCUACUGAUACAAAAAUUAUUGGCCAUUUCUACUCUCUAAUUGAUAGGUGUGGAAUGGCUGUUAUUGUUGAUCAGAUCAAAGUGCCUCAUCCUAGUUAUCCGUGGAUGCGGAUUUCUGUUCAAGUGCCAAACCUUGGCAUUCACUUUUCACCGACAAGAUAUUGUAAACUCAUGGAGUUGCUGAACAUUUUGUAUAAUACAAUGGAAAGUUGUGGUCAGCCUACUGCAAAUAAUUCCCAGACUGAAUUUGCCCCAUGGAGCUCUGCAGAUCUUGCUACCAGUGCUAGAAUUCUUGUUUGGAAGGGGAUUGGCAAUUCUAUGGCUACUUGGCAUCCCUGUUUCCUUGUGCUAUCUGGAUUAUAUCUUUACAUUUUGGAAUCUGAAAGGUCAGAAAGCUACCAGCGGUAUUUGAGCAUGGCUGGCAGACAGGUACUCGUGGUUCCUCCAAUAAAUGUUGGUGGUUCAACGUCUUGUAUUGCUGUAAGUUUGAGGGGCAUGGAGAUUCAGAAGGCAUUGGAAUCUUCUACUACCUGGGUUUUAGAGUUUCGGGAUGAGGAAGAGAAGGCAGCUUGGUUGAAAGGACUAGUACAAGCAACGUAUCAAGCAUCUGCUCCUCCUUCAGUAAAUAUACUUGGAGGAAAAGAUGAUGGUGUCACAGUGUUUGGCGAAUCUCAGAACAGAAAGUUGAAAACUGCUGACCUUAUAGUUCAUGGGGCCUUGCAUGAAAUGAAGUUAUGCAUAUAUGGAAAGACUGGAGAUAAAAUUAAUGAAGAUAAUGAGGAGAAUCUAAUCCUUGAAGUUCUUGCUAGUGGAGGGAAGGUCCAUGUGAUUCGUUCUGAAGGUGACCUUACUGUCAAGACGAAACUUCAUUCAUUAAAAAUCAAGGAUGAGCUUCAAGGUCACAUUUCUGAGGGUCCGCAGUUUUUGGCCUGCUCUGUACUGAAGAAUGACAACCCACCUACUUCUCCAGGCACCUUCAUUUCUCAUGGGAAAGAGACAUCUCAUAUGCUUCUGGAGGAUGAUGACACUUUCACGGAUGCUUUGCCACAUUUUAUGUCUCUGACAGACACAGGCUUUUAUUCACCAAAAAUGGAUGUGUCAGGGUCGGGGCUUAGGGGCGAUAUUGGGGAAUCUGCCGACUUUGAGUCUGUUGAAUCAUUCACUCUCGAAAAAGAUCUGGUGGAAGGAAUGGGAAUCUCUAAUGAAAUAUUUUAUGAAGCUCAGGGUGAUAAUUCAAAUUUCGUGACAGUUAUUUUCUCAACAAGAAGUUAUGGUUCACAGGAGUAUGAUGGUAUAGAUACGCAGAUGAGCAUUCGCAUGUCCAAGUUAGAGUUCUUUUGCAACAGACCUGCACUUAUUGCAUUGAUUGGUUUCGGCUUGGACUUAAGCUCUGUGAAUUAUAAGGAGAACAGUACAGAUAUGACCAAUGACAAUUCAUUGAUCAACAAAGAAAGAACUGAAGUCAGUGGGCGUGUUAAAGGGUUGCUGGGCUAUGGUAAAAACCGUGUAGUGUUCAACUUAAAGAUGAAUGUUGACAGUGUCACUGUAUUUCUCAACAAGGAGGAUGGUUCCAGGCUUGCAAUGUUUGUUCAAGAGACUUUCCUGCUGGAUAUUAAGGUCCAUCCAAGUUCUCUUUCCAUUGAGGGCACAUUGGGAAAUCUCAGGCUUCGUGAUAUGUCAAGUGGGACCGAUCAUUUUUGGAGUUGGCUUUGUGACAUACGUAACCCAGGAGUUGAUUCACUCAUCAAGUUCAAUUUUCAUUCGUAUAGUGCUGAAGAUGAUGAUUAUGAAGGAUAUGACUACAGCCUCAGUGGCCGACUUUCAGCUGUUCGCAUAGUUUUCCUUUAUAGGUUUGUUCAGGAGGUAACUGCAUAUUUCAUGGAGCUUGCAACACCACAUACAGAAGAAGCAAUCAAACUUGUUGAUAGAGUUGGUGGUUUUGAGUGGUUGAUCCAAAAAUCUGAGAUUGAUGGAGCUGCUGCAUUGAAGCUGGACCUGUCACUUGAUACUCCAAUAAUCAUUGUUCCCAGGAAUUCAGUGAGCAAAGAUUUCAUACAGCUUGAUUUAGGCCAGCUCCAGGUGACAAAUGAAUUCAGUUGGCAUGGGUGCCCGGAGAAAGAUCCUUCAGCCGUCCAUGUUGAUGUUCUUCAUGCCGAGAUUAUGGGAAUCAAUAUGUCAGUUGGUAUUGAUGGUGCUAUUGGUAAACCAAUGAUACGGAAAGGAAAAGACCUUGAUGUAUAUGUGCGCCGCAGUUUGAGGGAUAUUUUUAGGAAAGUCCCAACGCUGGCCCUGGAAAUAAAGCUUGGAUACUUGCAUGGUGUGAUGUCUGACAAAGAAUACGAUGUUAUUCUAAAUUGUAUAUCCAUGAACUUAUCUGAAGAGCCAAGGCUUCCUCCUAGUUUUCGUGGCAGCAAAUCUGGCUCAAAUGAUACAAUGCGGCUACUUGUGGAUAAGGUCAACAUUAAUAGCCAAAACCUACUAUCACGUACUGUUACAAUAGUUGCUGUUGAGGUCGACUACGCGCUGCUAGAGUUGUGUAAUAGCAUUCAUGAGGAGCAGCCCUUAGCUUAUAUUGCUCUGGAAGGUCUCUGGGUAUCGUAUAGGAUGACUUCAUUAUCCGAAACAGAUCUUUAUGUGACCAUUCCUAGAUUUUCUAUUAUGGACAGUCGCCCUGAUACUAAAAAUGAAAUGCGCCUGAUGCUAGGUUCAUCAACUGAUGCUUCCAGGCAAGUGUCUGGUGGAAAAGUUCCAUCUUCCAUAAGCGACGGCAGCUUUAGGAGAAAAAAUAUGGAGGUUGUGCUUGAUAUGGAUGUUCCAACUCCAACAAUGUUCUUGAUGGAUUACCGAUGGCGAGUGUCUUCAAGGUCUUGUGUGCUUCGGGUUCAACAUCCUCGGGUCCUUGUUGUGCCUGAUUUCCUUCUUGCUGUUGGUGACUUUUUUGUUCCAGCUCUGCGAGCAAUUACUGGCAGGGAAGAGUCAAUGGAUCCCAAGAAUGAUCCUAUAAGUAGAAACAACAGUAUAGUACUCUCUGAACCUGUCUACAAGCAAACUGAAGAUGUGGUGCACUUAUCUCCAAAUAGACAGUUAGUAGCAGAUGCUGUGGGAAUUGAUGACUAUGUCUACGAUGGUUGUGGAAAGGUUCUCUGUUUAAGCAAAGAAAGCAUUGUGAAGGAAUCUGCUGCAAUUAUUUUUAUUGGACGUGGGAAGAGGCUUCGGUUUGUUAAUGUCAAAAUUGAGAAUGGAUCCCUUUUACGGAAAUAUGUGUACUUGAGUAAUGAUAGCAGCUACUCAGUUUCUGCGGAAGACGGUGUUGACAUUUCGUUGCUUGACUAUUCCCCAUCUAAUUGUGACAAUAAUAUUCAAGACUACAUGCCUGAAUCAACAGAAACUUUCAAUACUUCAGAUCCUCAAAGUGAUUCAAAUUUCAUGCAAAGUUUUACUUUUGAAGCACAGGUUGUUUCUCCAGAUUUCACCUUCUAUGACAGUACGAAAACUUCUCUGGACAACUUCUCUUAUGGUGAAAAGCUUUUGCGUGCAAAAAUGGAUCUAAGCUUCAUGUUUGCGUCAAAAGGAAAUGAUACCUGGAUUCGAGCCGUGUUGAAGGAUCUUAAUGUGGAAGCGGGUUCUGGUCUUAUCAUUCUUGAUCCAGUGGAUCUCUCUGGAGGAUAUACUUCUGUCAAGGAGAAAACAAAUCUCUCUUUUCUAUCAACCAAUGUGUACAUCCAUCUUUCCCUGGCUUCCAUUUCUCUUUUGCUGAACCUGUUGAAUCAGGCAGAUGCAGCUUUACGAUUUGGAAAUGCCAUUCCAGUUUCUCUUUGUACGAAUUUUGAUCGACUUUGGGUUUCCCCGAAAGAAAACGGAUCUGGCAACCACCUCACAUUUUGGAGGCCCCAAGCUCCAUCAAAUUAUGUUAUACUGGGAGAUUGUGUGACAUCAAGGCCAAUUCCUCCUUCACAGGCAGUAAUGGCUGUGAGCAAUACAUAUGGGCGUGUGCGAAAGCCUACUGGUUUCAAUCUCAUUGGCUUAUUCAGUAGUAUUCAAGGACAUAAAGGAAGAGAAGACCAUUCUGAUACCGAUUGUUCUAUUUGGAUGCCUGUUGCUCCACCAGGAUAUACUGCACUCGGCUGUGUUGCAAAUGUAGGAAGCCAACCUCCACCAAAUCAUAUUGUUUACUGUCUACGUGCUGAUCUAGUAUCAUCGACAACCUAUUCAGAAUGCAUAUUUAGUUCCCCUUCAAGUUCUCUGUAUAGGUCUGGAUUUAGUGUUUGGAGGCUAGACAAUGUCAUUGGAUCAUUUUUUGCUCAUCCUAUGACUGAAUCUCCUCCCAAAGGCACUAGUUGUGACCUUAGUCAUCUUCUUCUCUGGAACUCAAUCCGACACAAUUCCUCUUCUAAAGAAUUCUCUUCAGAUUUACCUAACUAUGAUGAUGGAAGUCAGCAAACAGGUAACCAGACUGCAGGUUCAUCUGGGUGGGAUAUUCUUAGAUCAAUUUCUAAAUCAACUACUUGUUAUAUGUCAACUCCCAACUUUGAGAGAAUCUGGUGGGACAAGGGUGGCGACCUGCGGAGACCUGUUUCAAUUUGGCGACCUAUUACACGUCCUGGCUAUGCUGUACUAGGAGAUUGCAUAAUAGAAGGCUUAGAACCACCUGCUUUGGGCAUAAUCUUCAAGGCUGAUGAUCUGGAAAUAUCCGCAAAGCCUGUGCAGUUCACUAAAGUUGCACAAAUUACAGGGAAGGGUUGUGACGAAGUAUUUUUCUGGUUUCCAAUUGCACCCCCUGGUUAUGCUUCUCUUGGAUGUGUAGUCUCUAGAACAGAUGAUGCACCACGUCUAGAUUUGUUUUGCUGUCCAAGGAUGGAUCUUGUUAACCAGUCUAGCGUUCAUGAUGCUCCCAUUUCACGAUCUUCUAGCUCAAAAACAUCCCAGUGCUGGAGCAUUUGGAAAGUUGAAAAUCAGGCCUGCACUUUCCUGGCACGAGCUGAUCUUAAUAAACCUUCAAGUCGUCUGGCAUACACCAUUGGUGAUUCUGUGAAGCCAAAGACUCGAGAAAACAUAACUGCUGAGAUGAAGCUAAGAUGCUUCUCUCUUACUGUUGUGGACAACUUAUGUGGAAUGAUGACCCCACUAUUUGACACAACAAUCACCAACAUCAAGCUUGCAACACAUGGGCGUCUUGAAGCAAUGAAUGCAGUACUGGUUUCCUCUAUUGCAGCAUCCACAUUCAACACACAGCUAGAAGCAUGGGAGCCACUAAUAGAGCCAUUUGAUGGAAUAUUCAAGUUCGAAACUUAUGAAACUAGUGUACAUCAACCAUCAAGACUUGGAAAGAGAGUCCGUAUUGCUGCUACCAGUGUCCUUAACAUUAAUGUCAGCGCUGCAAGUCUUGAAACUUUUGUAGAGACCAUACUUUCAUGGAGAAGACAGCUAGAAAUUGAACAGAAAGCAGCGAAAUUAUAUGAGGGAGGUGGCUAUCAUGGACAAGGCGAGGAUCCAACAUUUUCUGCAUUGGACGAAGAUGAUUUUCAGACCAUCAUAAUAGAAAAUAGACUUGGAUGUGAUAUAUAUUUGAAAAGAGUGGAAGAGAACUCGGAUUCUUUGGACCAGCUUCACAAUGGUGACAGUGCAUCAAUGUGGAUCCCUCCUCCUAGAUUUGCAGACAGAUUAAAUGUUGCAGAUGAAUCCAGGGAGGCACGGUGUUACAUCGUUGUGCAGAUAGUUGAAGCCAAGGUUUUGCCUAUUAUUGAUGAUGGUAAUAGCCAUAGUUUCUUCUGUGCUCUGCGCCUUGUAUUUGAUAGCCAGGGCGUAGAUCAGCAAAAACUUUUCCCUCAGAGUGCACGGACGAAAUGUGUUAGGCCUUCAAUUUCAAAAACCGGUGACCUUAAUGAAGGCAUUGCAAAGUGGAAUGAACUUUUCAUCUUUGAAGUUCCUCGAAAGCAGGGACUGGCUAAGUUAGAAGUGGAGGUUACAAAUCUUUCAGCAAAAGCUGGAAAGGGUGAGGUGGUUGGUGCACUAUCUUUUCCUGUUGGACAUGGUUCACAUAUGCUUAAAAAGGUUGCUUCUGCAAGAAUGCUGCACCAGCCAUCUGAUACUCAGAAUCUAGUAUCGUAUCCACUGAAAAGAAAGAUUCAACAUGACGGUGUUGAAGAUGUGCCCAACUCUGGAAGCCUAUUAGUUUCUACAUCGUACUUUGAGCGUAACAUGAUUGCAAACUUCCAAAGAGAUACAGUUAGUGAAAGUGUUCACGAUAGAGAUAUUGGGUUCUGGGUUGGGCUUAGCCAAGAUGGUAAAUGGGAGAGUGUUCGUUCAUUGCUUCCAUUGUCAGUGGUCCCAAAGUCAUUACAGAAUGAUUAUAUUGCCAUGGAAGUUGUCAUGAAAAAUGGGAGGAAGCAUGCGAUAUUCAGGGGGCUUGCAACAGUAGUGAAUGAUUCAGAUAUGAAAUUUGACAUUUCCAUAUGUCAUAUUUCUUUGAUGCAAGGAAUGAAUCAUAAGAACAGUGAUUUCACUGGCAUAUGCCCUGGAGCUUCUGUUGUUUUACCCUGGAGAUGUGCAUCCAAGGACUCUGAUCAGUGUUUACAAAUUCGCCCUUUUGUUGAUCAGUCUCAAUCCUCCUAUUUGUGGGGUCAUGCAGUGUAUGUUGGUUGUGGUGAUGCAUUUGGGAAGGAGCAGCCCCUCUCGGAUCAAGAAUUGUUAACCAGGCAAAAUACUUUUAAGCAGGGGAACAAAAUUCUUGACUUGACUUUCAAGAUGAAUCAGCUUGAGAAGAAGGAUGUUCUUUUUUGUUGUUCUCCUAGUGUUGGAAGUAAACUAUUUUGGCUUAGUGUUAGUGCUGAUGCCUCAGUUCUUCAUACUGAACUGAAUUCUCCUGUGUAUGAUUGGACAAUAUCUGUUAACUCUCCUCUGAAGUUGGAAAAUCGACUUCCUUGUCAAGCAGAGUUCACAAUCUGGGAGAAAACAAAUGAAGGGAAAUGCAUUGAACGACAGCAUGGUGUAAUUUCUUCACGCAAGAGUGUACAUAUAUAUUUAAUAGAUGUCCGCAGACCUAUAUAUCUAACACUGUUCUGUCAAGGAGGGUGGGUUCUGGAGAAGGAUCCUGUCCUUAUUUUGGAUCUGUCAUCUAAUACCCACGACUCAUCAUUUUGGAUGGUCCACCAGCAAAGUAAAAGGAGAUUGCGAGUGAGCAUUGAACGAGAUAUGGGAGGGACCGUCGCUGCACCCAAAACAAUAAGGUUUUUUGUUUCGUAUUGGAUCAUGAAUGAUUCGUAUCUGCCAUUGGCAUACAGAGUGGUGGAAAUUGAACCGUCUGAGAUCACAGAUACAGAUUCUAUUUCACUAUCAAGAGCAGUUAAGUCUGCUAAAACUGCUUUCAAAAAUCCUACAAACUCGAUGGAUAGGAGACAGUCUGUGCCAAGGAGAAACCUACAGGUGCUUGAAGUGAUAGAGGACACCAGUCCAAUGCCAUGUAUGCUUUCUCCUCAAGAGUCUGCAGGUCGCAGUGGUGUGGUCCUGUUUCCAUCUCAAAAAACAGCAUUUCCCUCCUCGCGUGUGGGUAUAGCUGUUGCUAUUCGGCAUUCUGAAAAUUUCAGCCCUGGAAUAUCUCUUCUGGAGCUCGAAAAGAAGGAACGGGUUGAUGUAAAGGCAUUCAGUUCAGAUGGGUCUUACUACAAACUUUCAGCGUUGUUGAAUAUGACUUCUGACAGGACAAAGGUUGUUCAUUUUCAGCCACAUACGUUGUUUAUGAAUCGGGCUGCAUGCAAUAUCUGCCUCCAGCAGUGUGAUUCUCAGUUGAUGGAAUGGAUUCAUCCUGCUGAACCUCCAAAACUCUUUGGAUGGCAGUCUUCUGCUAAAGUUGAGCUCAUGAAGUUGCGCGUUGAUGGAUACAACUGGAGUACACCAUUUAGUGUAAGCAAUGAAGGUGUGAUGCGCAUUUCUUUGAAGGACAAUAAAGGAAGCAAUGAACUUAAGUUACGAGUUGAAGUAAGAAGUGGAACGAAGAGCUCACGCUAUGAAGUUAUUUUCCGACCCAACUCAUUGUCAAGUCCCUACAGGAUUGAAAAUCGUUCCAUGUUUUUGCCCAUUCGCUUCCGGCAAGUGGAUGGUGGCAGUGAUGUUUGGUGCUUUCUUCUUCCUAACUCAGCAGGUUCCUUUUUAUGGGAUGAUCUCAGUAGACAACAUGUUCUGGAACUCCUUGUGGAUGGAGCUGACCCAUUGAAAUCUGAGAAAUACAAUAUCGAUGAGAUUUGUGAUCACCAACCUGUCCACAUGGCUGGAGGGCCUGCUAAGGCUCUACGGGUUACGAUUUUUAAGGAAGAGAAAACAAAUGUUGUUAAAAUAAGCGACUGGAUGCCAGAAAAUGAUCCUGCACAAUCCUUGACUAAGAGAAUUCAAUCUGCACCAUCACAGCUUACCAGGAUUGCUUCUGAACAACAAUCACUCUCGGCCACAGAUAGUGAAUUUCAUGUUAUUGUUGAGCUUGCUGAACUUGGAUUAUCCGUUAUAGACCAUACACCUGAGGAGAUAUUAUACCUAUCAGUGCAGAAUAUCCUUCUCGCUUAUUCCUCUGGCUUGGGCUCUGGGUUCAGUAGGUUCAAAUUAAGAAUGCAUGGAUUACAAGUGGACAACCAGUUGCCAUUAACUCCAAUGCCAGUUCUAUUCCGGCCACAGAGAGUUGAGAAUCAUGAUUAUAUCUUGAAAUUUUCUGUGACAUUGCAAUCAGAUGGGUCAUUAGAUCUUCGUGUUUAUCCAUAUAUUGGCUUGAGUGGGCCUGAUAAUUCUGCUUUCCUAAUUAAUAUUCAUGAACCCAUUAUUUGGCGCCUUCAUGAGAUGAUCCAGCAAGUCAACCUCAAUAGAUUGUAUGAUUCUCAAACAACUGCUGUUUCAGUUGAUCCAAUAAUUCAAAUUGGUGUGCUUAACAUAUCAGAAAUUCGGUUCAAAGUUACAAUGGCUAUGUCACCUAGUCAACGGCCAAGAGGGGUACUUGGCUUUUGGUCUUCCUUGAUGACUGCCUUGGGCAACACUGAAAAUAUGCCUGUUAGGAUAAAUCAAAGAUUUCAUGAGAAUGUGUGCAUGAGGCAGAGUACUAUGAUUAGUAAUGCUGUUUCAAACAUGAAAAAGGAUCUUCUUGGCCAACCUCUUCAAUUGCUUUCUGGUGUUGAUAUAUUGGGUAAUGCAAGCAGUGCACUUGGUCAUAUGAGUAAAGGAGUAGCUGCCUUGUCAAUGGACAAAAAGUUCAUUCAAAGUCGACAAAGAAAGGAGAACAAGGGUGUAGAGGACUUGGGUGAUGUUAUCAGAGAGGGGGGUGGAGCUUUUGCGAAAGGACUAUUUAGAGGAGUCACUGGCAUAUUGACUAAGCCUCUUGAAGGUGCAAAGUCCUCUGGAGUCGAGGGUUUUGUUCAGGGUUUUGGAAAAGGAAUAAUUGGUGUAGCAGCACAACCUGUUAGUGGGGCUUUAGAUUUUUUGUCAAAAACUACUGAAGGUGCCAAUGCCCUGAGAAUGAAGAUAGCAUCUGCUAUUGCUUCAGAUGAGCAGCUUCUACGUAAGAGACUGCCCCGAGUGAUUAGUGGUGACAAUUUGCUCCGACCAUAUGAUGAGUAUAAGGCACAAGGACAGGUUAUAUUGCAGCUGGCAGAGUCAGGCUCAUUUUUUGGUCAGGUUGAUCUAUUUAAAGUAAGGGGGAAAUUUGCCCUAUCAGAUGCUUAUGAAGAUCACUUUAUGCUGCCAAAGGGAAAAAUCCUGGUCGUCACUCAUCGAAGAAUCAUAUUGUUGCAGCAACCCAACAAUAUCAUUGCACAGAGGAAGUUCAGUCCUGCGAGGGAUCCUUGUUCUGUAUUGUGGGAUGUGCUGUGGAAUAACUUGGUUACAAUGGAAUUGACUCAUGGAAAGAAAGAUAUUCCAAAAUCCCCUCCUUCACGACUUAUUCUUUAUUUAAGGACUAGGCCAACGGAAAUGAAGGAGCAAGUUCGUAUUUUAAAAUGUAGCCCUGAAUCCCAUCAGGCUCUCGAGGUUUACUCAUCCAUUGACCGGGCAAUGAACACAUAUGGACCGAAUCUAUCCAUGGAAACGCCAAAAAAGCAAGCAACAAAACCAUAUUCACCAAUAGCUGAUGGUGCCAGUGAUGAAUUUGCUUCAAAAGAAGAUAUUUGCACCUGGACUCCUCCACAGGUUCCUGCACCAGUCGCUCUAAGUUCAACAUUUGGCAGUAGCACAACUUGAUUCAAUAGAUAUGAAGCUUGUACGGUUGCAAUUACAAACUGGUAUAUGAACUGUAAAGAAAAUACUCUACAGUUACGGAUAGUAUCUGGAAGUGAGCGGACAAAAUUCUCACUAUGUAAAUGCGUGUACAGCAUUCCUUGCGUAUGUAAUAGCUAACAGAAGCUGCAACAGUUUAGCUGAAGCAGCAGCCAUUUUGACGAGCCGUGGUAUAGAAAGGUUAUAAAUUUAUAAUUGAUGGUGAUGCAUCA